AUGAGCAUCAUUGAUAAGGAGUUUGAGCGCCUGAAGAAUAUGCGGGAGAACCGUUUGAACAAAGACAUCAUGAAUUACCUCGAUCAAACACACAAAGAGAUCCAACUCAGGGGCAUAUGUAACCCCAGAGGCCCGCAUAAGAAGUCUCUCGUUCAUUUCGCCGCGAUGGGAGAUUGUACCUCUCUACUUCAAAGUCUGCUGGACGCCGGUGCUCCCGUUGACGAUCGUGAUCAGAAUAAAAGAACAUCCCUCUCUUGGGCCGCAGAGUAUGGUUCUCUCGGCGCGGCCAAAAUUCUGCUGAAGAACGGUGCAAAGGUUAAUUCUCUGGAUGAUAUGUACAGCUCGCCGCUUUCAUGGUUGAUCCAUGCUGGUAGUCCUCAAUACAAGGGUCUCGAAGCUACCAGAUCAUACCUCAAAGAGAACGGGGCCACUACGAAGGGUGCAAAGCGCGCAUGGAUACUUAAUAAAUUGCGACUCCUCUGA